GUCACACCUCAGAUAUUCAGAGCCGACAGAAAAACUAACCAAGCAAACCACAUCAAAUAUCAAGAAUUGACCAACAGGAACACCUUGCUUUAUUGCACAGCAGUUUAUCUGAAAUCUUAAAGACAUUUAACCACCAAGAAUAAAGAAAUGUAUAAUCCACCAUUUCACUUUUAAUUGUCAACAUUUAAUUCUCAAAUUGUCACUUUUAAUUUAAAAUAUAUUUGAACUCCUUAAAUGUUAGCAAGUACUGUAUAUGAAGAAUCUGAAUCAAUUUUAUGUGAAUCAACUUAUAUCACAGUAGAUGCAGGCAUUUUCUAAGUAUGUGAAUGAUCAUAACUGAGCUACAGUGACUAAGUAUUCAAUGAGUUUAAUCAUUUAAAAAUAUAUAUAUAUAUACAUAUAAGAUAUGUGCUUUUAAUGGACGAACAUUAUUGUUAGUGACUAUAUUGUGCAAGUGCUUUGUGUUUGUGGUUCAGUACUCAAAGAACAGAAAUGAGCUUACCCAGAAGGACGUUUCCUGCUUUGUGGUCGGAAAUGGAAAAUUAAAAAAAAAAAAAAAAGAAUCUCACAUACUCCACAAAGUACACACUUCCUGCAAACACUAAACAACUAGUAACAAGGAAUGAAAAGAUAAUUAUAUAUUAUUAAUUUUUAUUUUGCAUUCUAAUUGAAGUGUAGUAAGCUGGAAGAAUUAAAUGCACAUCCCAUCCUAAGGAAUAGCCACAAAGCAUGGGAGCUCCAGUAUUCCAUUAGGUUAAGUAUAAUCUAUGACCACAGAGCACAGGUCUAGAGGUUUAGUCUGUUUAAUUCAAUGCAACACAAAAGUUUUUAUUAUUAUUAUUAUUAUUAUUAUUAUUAUUAUUAUGUGAAAAAUCAGUGUGUUUGUUGUUGUCACUUUUUCAGAAAACUGAACCAGAAGCACAGGGUUAAUUACAAAAAAGGCUAAGGGUAAAAAAGUUUUAGUACAACAGACAUUGUGUUAAAUACAACGUGGAUAAGUUACACUGAGGCAGUGCAAGAAUAUGAGGGGAAAUACAAUAAUACACCAUAGAUUACCAUUUGCUGUUUUCAAUAGAUAUAAUCUGGACUGUAUAUUGUAUACAAUUCAGAAAUCUGUUUACAAUUAAACAGAUUUUUAACUGUAAAAAGUUUCAGUAACAUUUACAUUUAGUCUAUUAUACUAAUUUAAGGUGUGAGAUCAAUAAAUUGAGCAGUUAGUUUAAAGGUUCCAAACUAUGUAAUUAACUUGGAAAAACAUUGAUUAAAUUAAUGAUGUGAAUGUUUAGGAUCUCUUGAUUUUUCUACAUGAAAUAAAAAUGAAGUGUUUUAAUAAAAAUUGUUUUAGUCAUGCCCAUUACAGUGAGAAAGUCUUACCUUGUGUCUUAGAGUGACGUGAACAUUUGCAGUGAAUUAAGUAUCCGCCACAUUUCCUGUUAUAACUGAAAAAGGCACAAGACAGUAAAAAUAGAAACAGAUAUGGUGCACCUCAUGAACAGCACGCGUAGUAGACAGAACUAAAGCUGCACUGCCAACGGACAGUUGAGGAUCAGAAGAUCUGUGAUGAGUGGAUCGGGUUGCACAGGCUCCUAUGUGGGUCUGUCACUAACAUCUAUAGCACUGUUAGUGUCUGUAUGUUUAAACAUAGUUCUCUAUUCACUGAGAAGAAAAGAUAGACAGAAAAAAGGAGAUUUUGGGUUGCCAGUGUACCUAGAUUCUUUUCAUAGUGACAGUAAUUAUAGGUUUGAGGAAGAAGAACGGCAAAAUCAAGACAAUCCUAUUUAUGGAAACAUCUUUGUAGAUGGUGGAGCAAUAUUGACACAGACUGAACAUGGGGACUAUGAACAGAUGACAAAAAAAGGGACAAGACAAGAUGUACAGUCCACAGUCCAAGAUGAAAAGUCUGACCCAGAAGAUAUUUCUUAUGCAUCUUUGGAUUUAAGACUUGUUCAGAAGGGCAAGAAAAAAAAGAGAUACCAGAAGAAACAGAAUCAGACACAUAAGGUCCAGACUCAUCCUCCUCCAGUGGUGCCAAUGAGACGCGUGGAAAUGGGAACAGACUGUGACGUCGCCCUGCCUUCACGGACCAGCAGCCUCAUUGUUUCUCGAAGCAGCAUCUACCUCAACAGCCAUCAAGUAGCACUGGAGACAGAGGAGUUACAGAGGGAGAGAGAACGAGAAAGGGAACAAGGGACAGAAUGGAAUAGCAGUCACGAGUAAGAGAUGAUGAUGAUGAUGAAAUUGCAUGGCAAUGUAAUCACAGCCUUGGCCAAACAGAACCAAGUCAUGAUCAAGGCAGCAGCAAAUGUAGUGCAAAGUUGUCUCUUUUAUAUUCAGAAUUACAAAGUCAGUCAAAUUUAGCACAAUCCAAUAAAAUUAUUUCACCAUAAACAUUUUAAUACCUGUGCUCAAAACAGAUGAAGGCAACUGUAAUGCCAAAAUAUUGCUGCCUAUGAUCAAGUAGAACUCGGUUGGCUCUGCAGGUAGAUUGAGCUGUUUAAUUAAACUUGCAAUACUGUACUCUGCAACAGCAGAAGGCAGGAGGAUAUUGAGCAACUUUGUUUAUUUAUGUUGUGGAAAAAUACUUUUAAAUGUUUUCCAAAACUAAACUGAAAGAAAAAAAUACUUUUUUUAUGUCUAUGGAAAAAUACAUAAACUAGAAUAAACACCUGUAAAGAGUGCAGAACAAGAAAGUUAUUUGUAAGGGUCAUGUCUACUUUUACAUUUAACUUACAGUGUAAGUUUGUCACUUUAUGCAUGUUGGAAAAUCAUGUUUUUCUUUAUAAUGCAACUUUAAUUAUAUCUGAAAUUUAACUUAACUAAAAUGUGUGCUUUGUAGUCUGUUCUUUCAGCGACAGCUUCAGUGCUGCUGCAUUUGCAAUCCCACAACUAUUAUACACAAAGCAUAUACAUAAUAAAAUCUAAAUGAAACCUAAAUUAGCAGGUCAAUAUUAAAAGAAAGGUUUCCAUAAAUGAGUUCAACCUAUUUA